GGGACAUGGCUACCAGACACCGUUCCAGCAGCAAAGAUGGCUCAGACAAACCCUCUGCCUGUCCCCAUGGGCCCGUGGAAGAGCGUUCGGAGCAGAGGCCGGGAGAACCGCCAGCCACAGCCCUGCCACCCGCCCGCGCCAGAACGGCUCCGCUCCUCUCUCCGGACGGCACCGCUGCCCCGGGAACUGAUCUCCGCAGGGAUCACUGUGUACGACCAAGAAAACUUCCAGGGCAAGAGGAUGGAGUUCACUUCAGCCUGUCCAAACAUCAUGGAGUGCGGCUUUGACAACAUCCGCUCCCUGAAGGUGGAGUGUGGCGCCUGGGUCGGUUACGAGCACACCGGCUUCUGCGGGCAGCAGUUCAUCCUGGAGAGGGGAGAGUACCCACGCUGGGACGCCUGGAGCGGCAGCAAUGCCUACCACAUCGAGCGCCUGAUGUCCUUCCGCCCCGUCUGCUCCGCUAAUCACAAGGAAUCCAAGAUCACCGUCUUCGAGAAAGACAACUUCAUCGGCCGCCAGUGGGAGAUCAGUGACGACUACCCCUCUCUGCAGGCCAUGGGCUGGGCCAACAACGAAGUGGGCUCCAUGAAGAUCCAGUGCGGCGCCUGGGUUUGCUACCAGUAUCCCGGCUACCGUGGCUACCAGUACGUCCUGGAGUCCGACCACCACGGAGGAGACUACAAGCACUGGAGAGAGUGGGGUUCGCACGCCCAGACCUCCCAGAUCCAAUCCAUCAGGCGUGUCCAGCAGUAGCUCCUCACUUUCCAGUACAUCUUUGCAAGGUUUCUAAAGCUCACCGG